AAAACACAUCCACCCCCCGCGCUGGAGACUACCACCACAAACACCGCUAAUUUAUAAAGGGGAGUAAAUGACAAGGACGGGUAGGAGGGAGAAAGGGGAGGGGUAUUGACAUUAAAGAAACACUACACAAGGAAACUAGACUGCAGACGCACACACGCCUUCAUUUUAUGUUUUUGAAUAACAGCCUGGUGGCGAGUGUCCGCACAGAAGUGUUACAUUAACAACGCUGAACUGAACUGAAGUGGCGGAAUAAAGACAUCGCAUCAGUCUGUGGAGCAGUCUCAGGGCAAAGCGUUUCCAACGAUUAUCGCGAAAUGGGCUCUGAGCCACCCUCAUCUCCUCAGGUGGUCGAGGAAGGAGCGGAUGAAGAGGAUGAGGAGUUGAGCGGGGCCGAAGAUGCAGACCUUAGGGCCUCCUCUGGGAGGGGCUCCCUCCUGACCAGGAGAGGCAUCACACUGAGAGUCCUCUUAAAGGACGGGCUUGUGGAGCCUGGAGAUGGCAUUCUGUCCAUACACUACCUGGGUAAAACGUUUGUUGGAGAUCUUUUGAAUGAUGGGAAGAUUCGUUGGGUGGAGACUGGGCAGAUCUUUAACUCUCCAAGCGCUUGGGCAACACACUGCAAGCGUCUGGUGAACCCGGCCAAGAAGUCUGGCUGUGGCUGGGCCUCGGUGCGCUACCGGGGACAGAAACUGGUCCAGUACAAAACCACCUGGCUACACAAAUACCAGCCCAGUGCCGACAUGAGUCUGAUAAGUGAAGGAGAGGAUGAUGAGAUGGGAGAUGAUGACGAAGAGGAAGGGAAAACGACCAUGCUAGUAGAGGACAAGAAUAAAAAGUCCAAACCUGAGCUGCACGACAUUAGCCUGGUGCAGAGGAGAGACAGAGAAAGAAUUCCAGUCAGGUAUUGCACUCUUGGCACUAGAGAUGCUGCAAGGGAUCCUCACACUCUCGUUGAACUGUCUGCCUUUUCUGCGAUCAACCGCUUCCAGCCUUUUAAUGUAGCAGUGUCCAGCAAUGUUCUGCUGCUAAUGGAUUUUCACUGUCACCUGACCACAAGUGAGGUGGUGGGGUAUUUAGGGGGCCGAUGGGACACUAACACCCAGUUGCUUACAGUCUUGAGGGCGUUCCCUUGCCGUACACGGCUGGCAGAUAAAGACGCCGCUCCAGCAGUUGAAGAAGAGAUUUGCCAAAAUCUCUUCAUGCGGGGGCUGUCAUUGGUGGGAUGGUAUCACAGUCACCCACGAGGCCCCGCCCUUCCGUCUCUGCAGGACAUAGAUUCACAGAUGGAUCACCAGCUCCGCCUACAAGGCAGCAGUAAUGGCUUCCAGCCCUGUCUGGGGAUUAUCUGUGGACCCUAUUACCAUGGCAACCAAGGUGUGGCCUCCACCAUCACGCCAUUCUGGGUAGUUCCCCCUCCUGAGCAACGACCCAAUGAUUACGGCAUCCCAGUGGCGGUAGAGGUCACAUACGUGCAAGACAACUUCCUCACUACAGAUGUACUCAAUGAGAUGAUGCUGUUGGUGGAGUUUUAUCGGUCUGCUCCUGACCUUGUGCAGUUCAGUCAGAUGUGGAGUCCUAAUUCCUCAGUACUCGACAAAAUCAAGGCUUCUCUGAGUGGCCACGCACCCAAAGACCAGGCGUACGCACAGAUUCUGGAGCAUGUGUACAACCAGCUGCGCAGCACUCAGUGACCGGAGCAGUUUACGUCUGUGCAUUUGUGUUACGCUGUAGAACUGUUGACUUGGGACCUCCCGCCCUGUGCAUUACCGUCUGUGCACUGUUAUACUGUAUAUGAAAUGCCUUCAUGGAGGAUAUAUCAUAUAUGCUUCCGUUCAAACUGUUGCCUUUAGGACUGUUAGGUCUGUAUCACUGGCUGUGGUUUAUACGAUUCUGCCAUAUCUGUGCUGUGAAACUUGUCUUCCUCUGUGGUAGAAACGUUUGGUGGGUAGUUAGGAAAGAGAAGAAGCUGGGUAAUUGAGUUCUCUCUCUCUCUUUUGGCUAGGAUUUAUCUGUUUGUGUGGUUAGAUUUGUGCCAUGUUGACUACACAAUAUGGGAACAAUGCCUUUUACCUGCUGAAUACCUUAAAAUAUACACUGGAACAAAUUAAAUGUGCCGAUUCCGUUUGCUUCUGGCUUCUAACCUCAUAACAAUGUUUUUCUUACCAUACAAUUAAAGAAACAGUUCAU